GUGCAUUACCCUCCGCGACGCCACCUCGUCUCGUUCUCAUCGGAGCAUAGGAGCAACUCCGAUGGGGGAGGGUUAGGGGUUAGUGGAGGAGAUGACUUCUCUCUUCUUCCUGUUGGAUUUCUCAAACCCUAACCAUGGCCCUCGCCAGCCCUAAUUCCUUUCUCUCCAAGCCCCCAUCCACACCUCUUCUCCGCUUCUCUUCCCACUCCCUCCUGCGCUGCCGCGCCGCGGCGGACGCCUCCGACGCCGCUGCCACCUCAUCGGACUGGUUCCGACCCCGGCGCGACCCGCCUGAUGGAGGAAGAAUGGCCGCUCGGGACCCCGGGAUUCGGGUUAACGCCAAGGAGGAGAGCAAGAGCCAGAACAACGACGGCAAGAAGAAGAAGAAGAAGUGGUGGUGGUGGUCUCGGGACAGGGAGAGCUACCUGGCCGACGAUUCCGACGCCCUGCCGCUGCCGAUGACCUACCCGGAUUCGUCCCCUGUGUCGCAGCAGGAGAUCGACCGCCGGCUCCAAUGUGAUCCCGAUGUCCAGGAUUGUAAACCUAUGGUGUACGAAUGGACGGGGAAGUGUAGGAGUUGCCAGGGGACGGGGUUCGUUAGCUACUACAACAAAAAGGGGCGUGAGACGAUCUGCAAAUGCAUUCCUUGCCUUGGAAUCGGAUAUGUCCAGAAAAUAACAGCACGCGAGGACAUCGAUGUGAUGGAAGAUUUGGACAAUGUCCCAUACACAACUAAUUGGAUAGAUCAAGGUGGCUUUUCUUUGGGCAAGGGAAAGGUGAUCCCCCAUUGGUCCUUAAGAUGACAUGGGCAGUGCCUCCCAAACUUGUUUUGAACAUGCAAGGAUGUCAGGUACAUACACUCGUAGUAAGCAUUACUGCAUUAUCAUCCUUGUUUUUUGUUUUUCCUUUUUUCUUCUCAAACCUGAUAUCCUGAAGGAUUCUUCAAGCUAUCAUUUUUCUUUCCUUUCACAACUAAACUAGCUACUACCUGUAAACUAUCAUCGAUCAUUGUUCCUCCAAACCA